GUGAGCCUAUCACUACAAUACUUUGAACUAUUAUUGCAACUUUCUCUUCAACUAGAACGUUAAAUUUGGUGUUGAAGCCAUGAAUUUUUUAACAUUGGCUAUUUUGUCACUUUGUUUUCUGUUAACAUCUGGUGAAAAGGCUCGAUUCGAAAACUAUCGAGUUUAUUCGAUCAAAAUACAGAAUGAACAGCAAUUGGAAGUGUUACAAUAUUUAGAAAACUCACAAAAUGGUCUCUUUUACAUAGAGUCACCAAUUUCGGUUUUCAAAAGUGCUGAAAUUAUUGUUGCACCACAUCGAUUUGCAGACAUUACGGAAUUUUUCGAAAGAUAUCAACUUGAGAAUGAAAUUAGAGUUGACAAUUUGCAAAAAUUGAUCGAUAACGAGCAACCAAAAUUCACACCUCGCGCAACAUUUGGAUGGGAAAAAUAUUACGAUCUGGAGAACAUAUAUAGUUGGCUUGAUCAACUUUUGGAACAAUAUCCAAAUGAACUUACGAACUACAAUUUUGGCACAUCAUACGAGAAUCGAACAAUUCGAGCCGUUAAAUUGUCAAGGAAAAAGGGCAAUCCAACUAUUUUUAUUGAAUCCACAAUCCACGCAAGAGAAUGGAUUACAGCAGCGACCGCAACGUAUAUUUUGAACGAAUUCUUAUCGUCCAGUGAUCCGCAAAUAAAAGAAUUAGUUGAAAAUUAUGAUUGGGUAUUUGUGCCAGUUUUGAACGUCGAUGGAUACGCAUAUACUCAUUCAACCAAUCGAAUGUGGAGAAAAACACGUCAACCAUACAGUUCUUCAAGUUGUAUUGGAAGUGAUCCAAAUCGUAAUUUCGAUUUUCAUCAUGGAGACGUUGGUUCAUCUACUAAUCCCUGUUCGGAAACUUAUGCAGGUCCGAAGCCUUUUUCAGAGCCCGAAACUUUUGCGAUAUCUGAGUUUAUAAAAACUGUUGACAAUCUUAAAUUGUACAUGUCAUUCCAUUCCUACAGUCAACUGCUUCUUUUCCCAUUCGGGCACACAUACGAUCAUGCGCCAAAUCACAAAGAUAUGUUUCAAAUCGGUACAAAAACCAUUGAAGCGAUUUCGAAACGAUACGGAACCGAUUAUGUGACGGGAAAUAUUGCAGAAGCAAUAUAUCUGGCAUCGGGAAGUAGCAUCGAUUGGGCUUAUGGAGUAGCGAAUGUGCCAAUUUCGUUUACAUUUGAAUUUAGAGAUAAAGGUCAACAUGGUUUCAUUUUGCCUGCCGAUCAAAUCAUACCGAAUUCCUUGGAAGUACUUGACGGCCUAAAGGCGUUGGUAAAAGAAGCAAAAUUGCUCAAAUAUUUGUGAAGUACAUUGAUCGUUGAUUAACUUUUAAUGAUGAAACAAGUUUCAAAAAGUCUGAUAAUGUUCCAUUCAUGUGGUUGA